AUGGAUCAUAUCAACCACACCUGGACCCAGAAUUUCAUCCUUGAUGGUUUCACUACCACUGGGAUCUUGCAAUCUCUUGCCAUCUUAGGGACCCUGUGCAUCUAUCUCCUCACUCUGGCAGGGAACUUGUUCAUCAUCGUGCUGGUUCAGGCAGAUUCUGGACUGUCAACACCCAUGUACUUCUUCAUCAGUGUCCUCUCCUUCUUGGAACUCUGGUAUGUCAGUACCACGGUGCCCACACUGCUGCACACCUUGCUCCAUGGGUUUUUACCCAUCUCGUCUGCUGCAUGCUUUAUCCAGCUCUAUGUCUUCCAUUCUUUAGGCAUGACUGAGUGCUACCUGCUGGGGGUCAUGGCGCUGGACCGCUACUUUGCCAUCUGUCACCCUCUCCACUACCAGGUACUCAUGAGUAGACAGGUACAGUUACGGCUAGCAGGGGCCACUUGGGUGGCUGGGUUCUCAGCUGCACUUGUGCCAACCAGCCUCACAGCCACUCUUCCCUUCUGCUUGAGAGAGGUGGACCAUUACUUUUGUGACCUGGCACCACUAAUGCAGUUGGCUUGUGUGGACACAAGCUGGCUGAAUCAGGUUCAUGUUGUAGUGAUCGGGAUGAUCAAUGUCUGCAACCUUGUGCUCAUUCUGGGGCUCUAUGGAGGCAUUCUGAGAGCCGUACUCAAGCUGCCCUCAGCUGCCAGCCGUGCCAAGGCCUUCUCCACCUGUUCGUCCCACAUGAUUGUAGUGGCACUGUUCUUUGGCUCUGCUUUCAUUGUCUAUGUGGGGCUACGUGAGAUUCACGCUGAGGGCACGGACAAGCUUAUUGCUUUGGUGUAUACUAUUUUUACCCCCUUCCUCAACCCCAUUAUUUAUACUCUUCGUAACAAGGAGGUGAAAGGGGCUGUGAGGAGGGUCAUUCCAAGGAUUAGGACUGUGCUGAAGAGGCCCUGA